AUGUUCAGCGAAUACUAUACCUCCGACGUCCAGGCCAUCAACCCCCCCUUGCUGCAGGUCCCGACCUUGGGGAGGAUCCACUGUGCCUUGCUGACUUGUCGCCUGACAUCAAAUCCAUCAUCGUCCAUUCGACACCCGCAUCACGCAUUGCAAGUCCGAAAGGCCAGUUUUGGAGAGCAGCCGAGGCAACAACCUGCUAGCCAUCACAUCACGGAACAGAAGGGCACGUCCAUCUUGCAUAUCAUGGCGCCUCCCGCCGAAAUCUCCAUACCAUCCACCAUCCUAUCCACGGGGGAAUCGAAACCCUACACACUUUAUAACAUCGCCCUCCGUCUUCCCCUCCGGUCCUUUGUCGUCCAGAAGCGCUACUCCGACUUCACAGCCCUCCACAACGCCCUAACAUCCCAUGUCGGCUCCCCGCCCCCCGCACCGCUCCCCGCGAAAUCCUGGUUCAAGUCCACCGUCUCGAACCCAGACCUGACCGAAUCCCGCCGCCGCGGGCUCGAAACCUACCUCCGCGCCAUAGCCGAGUCGCCCGACCGCCGCUGGCGCGACGUCCCCGCCUGGCGCGCCUUCCUCAACCUCCCCGCCGGCGGCUCCGGCGGCUCGACGUCCAACUCGGCCGUCUCGGCCCCCGGGCUCUCCGCCACAGCCACCACGACCUCCACGACCAUCAGCGCCCGCGGCGGUUCCGCCGGCGCCUCGUCCUCGUCCUCCGAUCCGGCCACAUGGCUCGACCUCCACCGCGAGAUGAAGGGCUGCUUACACGACGCGAGGCUGGCGCUGGCCCGCCGCGACGCGGCGGCAGAGUCGAGUAACGGUGCUGCGGCAGCCGAAGCCGGUGCUGCUGCCAAGAGGGCGCUCGUCAGGGCGGGGGCCCUGCUCGGGACGCUCGGGGACGGGUUGCGGGCUAUACAGGAGGGGUCGCGGUUGGGGGAGGGCGAGGUGAGGCGGCGGCGGGAUCUGCUUGCGAGCGGCCGCGUCGAGAAGGAAGGGCUGGAGAGGUUGAGUAAUAGCCUGGCGGCGUCGGCGUCGGCGCAGGCGGGGAACGUGGGGCAGGGGGCGGGCGGGGGGCGGGAGGGGUGGGCUUCUGGCACGGACAAGGCGGCUCUCUUGGGCGGCAGAUCGGGGGCGAGGACGGGGGGCAGGGUGCUGGGUGUGCCGUUGGCGGAGUCGGGGCACACGCGGGAGCUGGACAACGAAGGGGUGGUGCAGCUGCAGCGGCGGAUGAUGGGCGAGCAGGACGAGCAGGUCGAUGUGCUGGCUGCGAUUGUGCGGCGGCAGAAGGAGAUGGGGGUGCGGAUCAAUGAGGAGAUUGAGACGCAGACGGAGAUGCUGGACCGGCUGAACGAGGACACCGAUCGGGUGGGCGGCAAGACGGGGGCAGGGGCGGGGGCGAGUGCUUUGUUCACGUUCGUGGUCUUCCCGGGCGUGCUCACGGCGAUGGAGGGCAUUGUUUGGCUGCGUUGGGUGGCCGGUCGGGCUACUGACGCGGUUGCGCGGUGUUUGGAGUUGGUCUUUGUGCUUUCCACUAACUAUCCACUCAAGGAGUGGAAGCAGAGCAAGGGUAUAUUGGGAGCUUCUCGGCCCACCGUCAAUGGGCCGUUGAAACGAUGGAGUGCAAUGAGCAUCGAGUUGAUUCAAGCUUCGGACACUGUCUCGGCUUGUUCUUGGAUUGGAUGGCAGUACGGUACGAUGCCGGUGAGGGCUGCCCACACGUGCGACUUUGAGGUUCCAAACGGUCACCAGAGCCGGGUAAUGCCGGGAUCCGGACAGCUGCAGGCGGCUGCAAACUAUCUCCCCUGCCACGCCAAUACCGAAAACCGAAGGGACGUCCCGCGGUCGGUUGCCGGGCAACGGGGAGGCUGGGAGAUUGGUAGCACAACAUCUGUCGAGCCAUCUGUCAACGCUCAAGAGUCCCACAAGCCGGGGAAUUGCUUUGCGAACUACCCUUCGUCAUUGACUGUUUCACGGCCGAUUUAUGACGUCUCCUCGUGA